GGGCCUGAGCAAGGGGAAAUGUGUUGUGGAGAAUCAGGGCCUGCCAGCAUCCUCUGCCGCUGCACAAUCACACCGCCGAGCUUCCAAUCCCAACCUGCCACAGCUGGCAUCCGUCACCUCCACCUUUCCAUCUUGACUGAAAUCUCUUCCCUUCCAAUUCGCCUGCUAAGGCUCUUGCGUAGGAAGACAGCUGGUCAAUAUGUCUAAACCCCACAGCGUCAAUGGGAGCGAGUCCGAGUUCGAGUUCAUCGAAACUCCGAAAGCACCCACUCCCACCUUUGAGAAGUUCGAGGAAUGUGGUGUCCCUACCACUUCGUAUCCGUCCAUCAAGAAUGCUCCCCUGCCUGCCGAUGGCCCUGGCAACGACAGCUUCCCCCUGACCCUCCUCUUCGCCGUCCUAGGCGGUGUCCCGCUAUGGCUGUCCUGGAAGAUUGGCGGCGGCCUGAAGACCACCAUAUUCUUCGCCAUCUUGGCCUUCGUUCCGUUGCUCUCUAGCUUUUGGCUCGUCGUCUCGGCCAUCUCGCCUCGAAGGAAUGAGAAGGCCAGGUUCCCUGGCCGCCCCGUCGAGCACUAUCUCACCUUCAAGAAGCCCGCAGACAAGGCCAAGUAUCAGGGCAGGAACAAGAUUCCCAUGGAGACGUUCUACGAGAUGUAUUUCGACGGCGACGUUGAGUUCAAUGGCGACUGCUUGGAGGUCAUGGAGUACAGACAUGAGUGGGCAAGCUUCCGCUUCACCAUUGGCCUGAUCAAGUACUUCAUGCUGGGCAUGAUCCCCGAGCUGAUUAUGCAUACCCGCUCCCAAGACGAGGAGCAAGUCCGCGACCAUUAUGACCGCGGUGACGAUUUCUACGCCUGGUUCCUCGGCCCACGCAUGAUCUACACUUCGGGCAUCAUCUCGGAUAUCAACACCGAGGAGACUCUGGAGCAGCUUCAGGACAAUAAGCUCGCCAUCGUUUGCGAGAAGAUCGGCCUCAAGGCCGGCGAGAAACUGCUUGAUAUUGGCUGCGGCUGGGGCACGCUGGCAAGGUUUGCCAGCGUCAACUACGGCGCUAAGGCUACUGGCAUCACCCUUGGCCGCAACCAGACCGCCUGGGGUAACAGCGCCCUCCGCAAGGCCGGAAUCCCAGAGGAGCAGAGCAACAUCUUGUGCAUGGACUACCGUGACAUCCCCGUGCCCGAGGGUGGCUAUGACAAGAUCACCUGCCUCGAGAUGGCCGAGCACGUUGGUGUCCGUCACUUCCAUUCCUUCCUUAAGCAGGUGUACGACAUGCUGGACGAUGAUGGAGUCUUCUAUCUCCAGAUCGCGGGCCUCCGUAAGAGCUGGCAGUACGAGGACCUUAUCUGGGGUCUCUUCAUGAACAAAUACGUCUUCCCCGGUGCCGACGCGUCCUGCCCCCUUGGCUGGUUCGUCGAUAAGCUCGAAGGUGCUGGGUUUGAGGUCAAGGGCACCGACACCAUCGGUGUCCACUACUCGGCUACCCUCUGGAGAUGGUACCGUAACUGGAUGGGCAACCGCGAGAAGGUUGAGUCCAAGUAUGGAUCGAGAUGGUUCCGCAUCUGGGAAUUCUUCCUGGCCUACUCAACCAUCGCCUCGCGCCAAGGAACCGCUACUUGCUAUCAGAUUGUCCUGGUUAAGAAUAUCAACUCGACGCACAGAAUCGAGGGGAUCCCCACCCAGUUCGAUCUCAAGGGAGCGCUCCAGUCGACCAAGGCUGAUAUCACGGCCUGGGCUAAGCAGAACGCCAUUGAGUUCCCGAGCACUGCCGCCCGCUAAGCAUGGUCGAUGGUCGGAUCUUGACAAAAGGGAGCAGUCCCAAAAUGGUUUCUAUAUUGGAGCCUUGUGUCGAUUAGGAAGAGAGAGUUUCGUCCGGGAGUUUAGUAAAAAGGUUAACACCGGAGAGUUCAAAAUGGGGAAUGGAAGCAGCAAUCUUGUGGACUGAAGCUAGAAAUAAUGCUGCUUCACACGGCAUGAAUCAGCUGGUAGAGUCAUCUAGAUCCCCCCGGUGGGAGACCAUGUCGGUUCAGAGUACGAAUAGCUAGUUAUUAAUGAUGUGGCAAUUUUGGCACACACUGUGCAACACAUAUCAAUGUCAAUGGUUGUUAACUUCG